UAUUCUAAUCAUCAUUUACUGACUGUUCUCCUUGUAAGAACAUCUACAUUCAGUUAAACCAGAUCUAACUUCAGUUUAUAUACUAAAUACCUACUACUACACUUCAAAAUGCGUGAAUGUAUCUCCGUCCAUAUUGGCCAGGCUGGUGUCCAGAUGGGAAAUGCCUGUUGGGAGUUGUACUGUUUGGAACAUGGUAUCCAGCCCGAUGGACAGAUGCCAUCAGACAAAACUAUUGGAGGCGGAGACGAUUCCUUCAAUACAUUCUUCAGCGAGACCGGUGCUGGUAAACAUGUACCAAGAGCUGUGUUUGUUGAUUUGGAGCCAACAGUUGUAGAUGAAGUAAGAACUGGUACAUACCGACAACUCUUCCACCCUGAACAGCUCAUCACUGGUAAAGAAGAUGCCGCUAAUAACUACGCUAGAGGACAUUACACAGUGGGUAAAGAAAUCAUUGAUUUGGUUCUCGACAGAAUCAGGAAGUUGGCGGAUCAAUGUACCGGUCUACAAGGAUUUCUCAUCUUCCACAGCUUUGGUGGAGGAACCGGCUCUGGGUUCUCUUCCCUUCUGAUGGAAAGAUUGAGUGUCGAUUAUGGCAAGAAAUCCAAGCUUGAAUUCGCCAUUUACCCAGCUCCCCAGAUCUCCACUGCUGUGGUCGAACCUUACAACUCUAUCCUAACUACCCAUACUACCUUAGAACAUUCUGACUGUGCCUUCAUGGUGGAUAAUGAAGCUAUUUAUGAUAUCUGUCGUCGUAACCUGGAUAUUGAAAGACCAACCUAUACCAACUUAAACAGAUUAAUUGGUCAAAUUGUCAGCUCAAUCACAGCUUCUCUAAGAUUUGAUGGCGCCCUCAAUGUCGACUUGACCGAGUUCCAGACCAACUUGGUACCAUACCCACGUAUACAUUUCCCUCUAGCUACAUAUGCUCCAGUCAUCUCUGCUGAAAAGGCCUACCAUGAACAACUAACUGUUGCUGAAAUCACCAAUGCAUGUUUUGAACCCGCCAACCAGAUGGUAAAAUGUGAUCCUCGACACGGCAAGUACAUGUCAUGCUGUAUGUUGUACAGAGGUGAUGUUGUUCCCAAGGAUGUCAACGCUGCUAUCGCUACCAUCAAGACCAAGAGAACCAUCCAGUUCGUUGACUGGUGUCCAACUGGUUUCAAAGUUGGUAUCAACUACCAACCACCAACUGUUGUACCAGGAGGUGAUUUAGCCAAGGUACAGAGAGCUGUCUGUAUGUUGAGUAACACUACCGCUAUUGCUGAAGCCUGGGCUCGUCUUGAUCAUAAGUUUGAUCUUAUGUACGCUAAGAGAGCUUUCGUCCACUGGUAUGUUGGCGAGGGCAUGGAAGAGGGUGAAUUCUCAGAAGCCAGGGAGGAUUUAGCUGCCCUGGAAAAAGAUUAUGAAGAAGUUGGUGUUGAUUCUGUUGAAGGCGAGGGAGAAGAAGAAGGAGGAGAGGAAUACUAAAUACAAUGACAUAAUAAUUAAUGUACUUUUUUGUGUAUUUGUUUAUGUGCUUAAAUAAGUUGGUAUUGAUUCUGUUGAAGACGAAGGAGAAGAAGAUGGAAGGGAGGAAUAUUAAACUAUUAAAUUAAAGCAUUAAUAAAGCGUUAAGUUAACACCUGUAUGUUUUCAAAUUCAAUUUUUGGUUAGAAUUUAUAUAGUCACUAUUAGUGAUUACUGGGUAGAAGGGUCAUAGCACGCGGGUUCCAAUGUUUUGCGAUUAAUAUUGAUGUUAGUUUUUAGCUAUUAAUUUUCCAGUUAAUCUAUAUCAUUAAUAUCAGAUCUGUACCUAUUUUUAUAUCAGUUUCAAAUAAUUAAAAAAAAAAUGUGUCACUUCCCCAAACAAGAGGCGAUGGUCAUUAGAAUGCGAGAUACUUUUGUCUUAUGUGUUUUUUUUUUCGGGGGUCACGGUUGCUAAGACGCUGGCGCGCGAGUCGGGUGUUCGAUCCCUGCAUUGGCCGAGAAAGUUCAUCCAGAUUUUCCGACGUGGUUCUGCCCUGUCAGCGAUGCAGGACGAGGGCCUGAGAAGCACAUCUGUCUAGCCGUUCGGAUGGGACGGAAAACCGAGGUCCCGUGUACACAUUGGCAUGCACGUAAAAGAUCCCUUGACAGUUGGAAUUCGAUAUAAGAGUAGGCCGUGGUGCCGCUGUCCGGGCAAAAUUUUCCUCAUAGCACACUGUAAGGCGUAUGCCCGUCUUCAUUAGUCCAGUUCGGAGUAGAACCUUAGGACGUUAAACCCCAUUUCAUUUCAAUUUCUUUUAAGUUUCGAGUGCUGUAUACGAAAGGGGGUCUACAACAUCCGAUGACACGUCAGCCCCAACUGGGCUAUAUUGCGCCAAAUUCCUAUUUAAGCUAAUACACAUGUGUUUACUUUUGUAUUAUGGUGAAGCUAUUUGGAAGUUUCCAGGAAGAUGAAAGAUUAACAUGUGGUGCUUGUUUAGUGUUUGGUACAACCAUAAAUAUGUAAGUCUAGGGGGUGUCAGUCUAUACCAAUGCAAUUUUCUCGGCGAAAACAGGACUAAUGUAAGAAGGCAAUUUGAUAUAAUAACGAUAUACAGUUUGUAUAUCAAACUUUUGCUUAGUCUAAAGGGGUUUACUCGGUCAAGUCAUCGUUUAUUCGGUUAAUGUUAAUGUGACUCGGUCUCGGACAUGCACACACAACAGGCCGCGGGUUCACAAAACAUUCUCAGACUUAAUAUAAGAAUUUACUCAACUUUCAAUCACUGUUUAUGAGAAAUAUCUUUGACUUAGAAAUACAAAACUUUACACAUAGUAGUUUGUUAUUGAUGUAUUUAAUACAGUAAAACAAAAAAAGCUUUAUAAAAGGCCAUAUCUUAGUUAAAAUAAGGUGAACAAUUUUGAGUAAAUCCUUGACUGAAAUCUGAGAAUGCUUUAUGAACUCGUGGCCAGGCGUUUCUAGUUAAAACUAUCUUCUGGGGAUUUUUAAAUACAUUUUAACGUCAUACAUUACCAUACUAAUACAUUACUUGACGUACAGGAUUCAAACUAUCAUUUUAUUGGUCUGUAUUUAUAGUACACGAUAAUAUACGUAAUGCAGCUAGCUGGGUUCCUUGUUUACAUUUUAGAUAAUCAGUAGGCCUCUGAGAUGGGUUGAUGGCUAUACACCAUGACUGAUAUAGCUACAGACAUUUUUACCUUUUUAACUCAAUAAUCAAGGCAUGUAUAAAGAGGUUGUACGUUCUGUUUCUACUGAAUCAAUUUUUAUACGGGAGGAAUCUAGUAAUAAUUACGAUUCUGCUUUCCUGAAUGUAAAACGGUAUCAUGACGACAGAAAGGUUACGAACCACAAUUAUAUCACUAUCAAAGGAGAUGUUGAUAACUUUCAAUCUGGUGACCACAAUAGUUUGAACAAGCAAAAAAAUGAAUCGAUAAAACGAGAAAAACCGAACAAAGAACUUCAGAGGUUGAAGCGAAUAACUAAGGAACAAAAUGGUCAAAUUGCGGACUUAAAAGAUGAUUUACAUACCACGCAAGAGAGAGUUGGUGUUUUGGAAGAAAACGCGGUCAAUGACAAGAUGAAACUGCAGAUGAAAGAAAAACAAAUUGACCGAAUAGAAGAAAGACUUCACAUCCUGGAAGUGCAAGAAAAAGAUGGGCGCAAAAGAGAAAACGAAAUCCAGGGCCAAAUACGUGCUUUUUGGGGUAAAUUACACAAGAAACAUACCAAAAGAACAAAAAGGGACUUGGAUAAGGCUUCUUUAGAUAUAUGUCAACCAAAGGAACAUCCAAAUAAGCAGUUCGUCACAGUUCAAGUUACUCAUCUAUCUACUUGGAACUCCAAGACAGGAAAAUCUGGUAAAUAUAUGAAUAUAAGACGUAAUUUAAAGAUUGGUGAAUUAGAGAAAAGAUUAAAGAAAGGACCCGAGGAACCAGAUAUUUUCAUAACAAAUAUUUAUCGACCCGACGAGAAAGUAUUUGUAGGAUGGUGUUUCAGUGAAGGAAAGGAUAAAACUAUAAAAGAAUACAAUGUAAAAGACAGUGACAUUAUAUUGUACUUAUAUACAUGACAGAAAUAUUUAAUAUGUCUUCCAUAUGAUACGUUUUUGUUAUUUUAUAUGAAUAUACACGUUUUGACCUUUAUUCUUUUGUAAAAAUCAUGACCACUAAAGUUUUAUUUUCACA